AUGGAUGCUGCUGAAGUUAAAUCAGGGGAUUACCCACCAAAACUUUACCCUGAAGGGUCUUCUAACCUAGAUGGUAAAGUGAUUAAUCACAAUUUCCAUCCAGGGCAUUUCCCCCACGUUAGAGAAACAAUAGGACUUGAUGUGUGGGAAGAACUGGUGAACUCUCCCAUUGGAGUAGUUGCUAGGCUAGCUGAACGCAAAAGCAUGUGGUCUGGUAGGACCGUGCACUAUCUACUGUGUAGACAGCUGCGAGUUAUAAAGAAGGAGAUAUGGUGUCUCGUGGCUGAUGAGGCUAUCAGGUUUAGCUUGCUCGAGUUUGGUGAGAUCACUGGGCUAAACACAGGUCCAUUGCCAACAGAAAAAUUUGAUCCUAGUCAAUACAACGAGUUUUGGGGGGAGUUGAAAGUGCCACUUGGGAUGGGACCAAAGUUAGAUGAACUGAAGGCAGCAUUAGCGUUCUGUCCGCGUUGGAGUUUUGAAAAGCGCAAGUGGUUGGGGCUGCUACUUCUUCAAGCCAUGGAAGUCUAUUGUUUGCAUCACAAUUCAGGGAUACCCUUUCAAAGUGCAAUAAAGGUAUUCUACGAUGAAGCCAUGAGGUCGUAUCCAUGGAGUCAGACUGCAUACGAAGUUCUAAUUGACUCUAUUAAAACGUUGGCUCCAGAUGGAGGUUCAUACACAAUAAGCGGCAUGAAGGACGCAUUAUUGAUUUGGGCUUAUGAAUCCGUCACAUGCUUCGGUGAGAGUUUUGGGAGAGUGAUCAUUAACGAAGACGUUCCGCUUUUGCGAUGGGGUGGAAAGUGUACACGUGCAAGCUUUGAUAAGUUGUUGUCUUCCGAAAUCGAAAAGCAUGGCGAGUUGAUGGCUGAGUUUUGUGUUAGUUUGGAGGCUGAGUUUUGUUAUAACCUGGUGUUGCAGGGGAAUGCAAAGGGGAAGGGGAAGGUGAAGGGGAAGGGGAAUGAGAAGAAGAGAAUGAAGGGUGGAGUUUUGUCAGAAGCUGAGCCACCCACUAAGAAGCAGAAGAAAGUUAAGACACAGAAUGAGUCUGAAGCUGAUGCAGCGGGAAAUGAGUCUGAAGCUGAUGCAGCGGGAAAGGGUUCUAGCGAGAAGGAAGGUAGCAAAGAGUUGGAGUUGGAGAACAAAACGACUCUAACGACCAUUGUGAAUACUCUGGAUAUUAUUUCCAGAAAAUUUGAUCAUGUUGACUCACGGUUGGAAGCUUACGAGUUAGACCGGAACAUACCAUUGAUGGACCAAAAGACCAUUGAUGACAGGGUGAAUGCUUUACUGGAGGAGCGUCUGAAAGAUCUGGGGAUUAGGAAAAUUCCCGAAAACCAUGAUAACCCCUCUCCACCAUUAUCAAACCCCUCUCCACCAUUAUCGAAGGCAUCACCGGUGGUUCGAACGCAUCAGAAGUCUGUCAAUAGUCCAGCGUUAGUAGAUGCGGCUCCUCGACCGAAAAAGAAUUUGGCCAAGGAGCUUGAAAAGGAAUCAGGGGCUACUAAGGAUGAUAAGUCUACUAAGGAUGAUAAGGCUGCUAAGGAUCCAGCCUAUGGACGCGGCUGCAGGCGCACGCGUAUUGUUAAGGGUGAGGAAGCCGAUGAGAAGAAAAAAACAGCGCAGGCAGAUGCUGCGUUUAAGAGGAAGGAGAAGGCUGAGGCUAAGAAAAAAGCUGCUGAGGAAAAGAAAAAAGAGGCUGAAGCUAAGAAAACAGUGGCCGCAGCUAAGAAAAAAGUGGCUGAGGCUAAGAAAAAAGUGGCUGAGCUAAAGAAGCAAAGCCAGGCUAGGUCAAAGUACAAAAAGGUGACUCCACCGCGUGACGGUGUAACAAGAUGCAAUGUACAACCUGAUGUAGAGGAUAGUUCAUUGGCUGAUAUAACUGAUGAAGUUGUUGUAGAACAGAACGAAUUCGCGCCGGAGUCUGAUGUCGAGAAUUCUGAAUUGGUUAGAUCUGCCAUAAUUAAGGAAUUCUGGGAGAAAUAUGUUCAGUUAACUUCAAAAGGGUUGUCAACGACGGCAGUUUCUUCAUCAUUUGAUUUUCCGACGGUAGGACAUGAUGGAACGACGUGUAUGAGGAAGAAUGUUACUCCUUCAUCAGCAAUAUAUGACCCUCUAGCACCUGAUUAUCCGGCGCUAUUGGAGAAACUUAUGCAACACAUCAAGGCAAUUCCACCCAAACCACCAGCACCACCAGGUAAAAAAGAAGUACUAACAGCUGAUCAUGAAAGUGACUUCUACAGCAUACUCAUCCAUGAGAGACCGUGGCCGGAGACUGAGUAUGGAUGGGUGUUUGAUAAUCAUAUUGUGGCGUAUAUGAACGUCCUCAUUAAAAGGUCCAUGCGAGAGCCCACUCCAUUUUGGUCCAAGCGGAUUGCCUUCGUUGACGGUUGGUGGCAAAGUUCUUUGAUUCACGAUUACGGUCAGUUCAAGAUGAAACCCACAAUGUUCAUGUUCAAAGGCAAUGGUUAUGAAGUUAUGAUAAAUGGUAGGAUUCCCAAUCAUUGUCGAACAAACUUGAGGUGGUAUGAUGAUGUGGAUCACUUGUACGGAUAUCUUCAAACCGGCAGAAAUCACUGGGUUACGUAUCACGUGGAUCUGAAGAAGGAGAAGAUUGAUUGCUACGAUCCAAUCUUUGGUGAGAGACAUUUAUUCAAAUGGGCGGAUGAGUGUUUGGUUGAAGAGGUUGAUGAUAUUAAGUCACUGAUAAGUGGCAUGAACAAAGACAUCUCGGAAUUCAGAGUUAACGUUGCUCUGUUGCAGAAAGAGAUUGAAGUAAUGAAGACGGCGUCUGGGGGAAAAGGAGAAGAAUGUAUGAGUCAGGGUCGGUGUUUGAGGAAUGUGUUUGUUUGUGGGGUUGGAAUGUCGUUACUUUGCUACUACUACUACUUUGUCUAG